CAGCAGUGCGCAUGCGCACAAACGCUCUCCUGACACCUGCGUUUCUUAGGGCUGCAGACACGACCUACAGCAGAAAACAGUACUCUACCUUCUCCAGGGACAAGACAGCGGCUGGUUUCACUGCAGGAGUGCAUUGAUGUGAUGCUGGAGGAUAAGGCUGUGGUGCACUGGGCCUCCAAUGGCUGUUAGCACCAUGGACUCCGAGUCAGCACGGACACCUCAGACCCAAGCUGCCCUGAGAAAAGGAGGCCAUUCCCUGCUGUCUGCUGGCAUUCUAACCACCAGGUUGGGACCUCAUGGGAAGCACUAUGUCUGCGGUUCCCUUGCAGCGUUUACCAAUAUUGUGGUGACCUUUCCUAUCCAGAAAGUGCUCUUCCGCCAACAGCUGCAUGGCGUCUUGGUCAUUGACGCGGUGCGGCAGCUCCAAAGGGAUGGGCUGAGGAAUCUUUAUCGUGGCCUGCUUCCCCCACUUCUCCAAAAGAGCACUACAGUAGCCAUCAUGUUUGGCUUGUAUGAGGACUUCUCUAGAGUCUUACUAGACCAGGCUGGGAAUAGUGGUGUGCCAGAGCUGAUUACAAGAAGCUUUGCUGCAGCUUUGGCAGGAACUGCAGAGGCCAUCCUUACACCGUUUGAGCGCGUGCAGACUCUCCUACAAGACCACCGACACCACGGGCGCUUCAACAACACAGCACACACCUUUCGGACACUCCUGACAGAGUAUGGCAUGACAGAGUGCUACCGUGGCCUCGUGCCCAUACUACUGCGUAAUGGCCCUAGCAAUGUUCUCUUCUUUGGGCUCAGGGGGCCUAUUAAAGAGCAGCUACCUGAAGCUACAAGCAAGGCAGGUAACUUGGUUAAUGAUUUUGUGUGUGGAGGAGUGCUGGGGGCAGCCCUUGGCAUCAUGUUCUACCCAUUAAAUGUGGUCAAAUCGCGGGCUCAGUCUCAGGUCGGUGGAGCCUUCCAGCCUUGCAGAGAGGUGCUGUUAACAGUGUGGAGAGAGAGGGGUGGCAGCAUAGCCAUGCUGUUCAGAGGAGCCCACCUCAACUACCACCGCUCUCUUCUCUCCUGGGGGAUCAUCAACGCCACCUACGAGCUGCUGUUGAAGCUCUUAUGAGAAGAGGAAUGGAGAGGACAAACGGAGGUCUAGAGUGGAAGAGGAAGUGUUUAAAGUGUGGGAGGGGAAUGAACGGAGGUACAGAGCCAGUCUGAAGUGACGAGAGGUUGUAAAGUAAAGCCAGUGCACUUGCUGUCCAACAUUUCCAGAACUGAAAGAUAAGAGUCAAGCUGCACUUCUGCUGGGGGGGGGGGGGGCAACAGUCACUGUAAGAUAACUACCUGCUAUUGUUCAUUUCUGCUGUUGUCAAAGUAUUAAAAGCAGGGCUCACACAGAACUUGUGCCAGGGUCCAAUUGAUAUACCCAUGUUCGCUCCGUGUUGUAAAGUUUGAGGGCGCAAACAAAACUCCUGCGAUCUUUUUCAAAGUUUUAAACUUUGAGUCAAGUUUUAACUUGACUGAGUCAUUGUUUUGUGAACAAAGCCCUUUAUUUAGAUGUGCUUUUUGCUGUGGUGUUUGUUUGACCAAGAGCGCCUCCUCUGUGAAGAUAAGCUCUGCCACUAAAACAGCUUUGUGCUUUUUUUUUUUUUUUUCUUUUUUCUCUUUGAAACGUUCAGAGAAUUGUUCUUGUGCUAACUCUCCACAAGUUCAGAGUAAAUUAAGACAUCAGAAGACGAAUGUUUAAGGAAGUGGCUGUUGAAAUCAGUGUUGCGCAAAUUCUAACAAAAGGAAGACAAUAUAUUUUUUUUUUUAAUGGUCUCUGUUUUCACAUGAUUUGGUUAAUUGAAAUAUUUUGUUAAAUACUGUUUUGUCUUGAUUUAUUUUCUGAAGUGCUACUGCCAGUGGAUUUGUUUGUUUGUUGUUUUUUAUUUUGUGUGUGUGUGUGUGUGUGUGUGUGUGUGUGUGUGUGUGUGUGUGUGUGUGUGUGUGUGUGUGUGUGUGUGUGUGUUGACAAGUGCCCUGUGGUGUAGUUGCAGAUCUUGUCAUUUUUUUAAAAUAAUAUUCGAAUACAGGGGGUUAAUCUGGAUGCUCGACCUGUGGUAGAGCUCUGCAUCACUACUGCUCUUUUAUUGGCUAUAAAACAAAGUGUUCCUCAGUGUUUGUUUCCUUUUUUAAAACUUACUGCCAUUUAUUUUAUUUAUGUAUCUCUCCCCAUUUGCUCACCUUUUAAUAUCCUCUUCUGUCACGCUUGCUCUCCCCUCUGUCUGUAACAUCUGUUGACAUAAUGGGCUCAGAUUUCAAGCUUGAGUAGCUGCAGUCACCAUACAGCAGCUCUUGCUGAGAACGACAGCCCGAAGAGGAAAGGCAUGCUGCUUGGACACUUGAGAGAGGCUGCAGAGUAAUGGUACAGAGAGAAGACAGGGGCAGAGGGUAAUGUUCAGUGGCACAAAAAGCUCAAGCUGCCAUGUAAAUGGAUCGCUUGGCCUAUUUCUUCAAGUCUUCACUCUGAAAUGUUCAGAGUGUGUUGCAUUUCAUGAUAUUCCUUCAGGACUUCCUCUUCAAAUGUGUAUAAAAUGCUGUUUAUCGCUUUCCUGAAGCACAAGUCUCCAGAUCACUAUAAAAAUGAAAAGUUGUAUUAGUAAUUGCACUAAAAUGUUAAAAUCUUUACAUUAAAACAUGAAUAAAUACAAAAGUACUUGGGGAUAAAUGACUG